CAGGGAGUGCCUUGUAAUCACUAGUUAGCACUUAGCUUUUAGCUUCUAACGCAAGUUAAUGAUAACAUCAACACAAUGCUUAACGAUAGCGAGCUGGCAACAUUGCGGAAUAGAUUUAAGAGAGAUGCGGAGCUUCUUAUGCAAACAACGACAUCGGGUGACGAAGAUGAAAAGAGUCAGGAGGAAAAAGAUGCCAAACCUCUCCCUCGCAUUAACAGACACUCCAUUUUCUGGAUCGUGGCAUCCGUAGGUGUGACCUACUAUGUGGAUUUCCUCCACAAUAUCAUGGAGAAUGAUGAUAUCAAAAGUUGGUGGUUCAAUGUGGGCCUGGUUCUCCUUGGGAUCUGCCUGUCUCUGGCCAUGUUUUGCAUUGUAUACCUGGAGUGGUUCAAAGGCAUUCAGCACUAUGACCAAGAGUACCCUGCCAUUCCUCCCCUCACCACUGCAGCCUUUAUUGCUGCAUCAUGCAGCUUUAAUAUAGCACUAUGGCCAGUGUGGUCCUUCUUCACUCCACUCAUCCUCUUCACACAGUUCAUGGGUGUAGUCAUGUUCAUCUCUUUGCUUGGAUGAAUGUGACAGCUCCAGAAUGACACCUUGUUAACCGCAAUGUUGAGUUUUGUUUUUAUACUUUUUCCUCUAUUGCUUAUGGCAUUGACACAUUAACACACAUUUCUCUUCAGAAUCAAACACACAGUACAUGAAACUUACCUGUAAUGACAAUUUUGAGAAUAGGCCUUUUUCACAGCACACAUGUUGACUUGUCCUAGUAGAGAAAGCACAGGUGUCUGUAAUAACAUUAAUAAUGGCUAUGUUCUGCUCAGGUUUACCAGUGAGUCAUGACAGUGAGCGAGCAUGUACAGUACUGGGACCCUAAAACUGAAGCCACCAAAUGAAAUUCAGCCAUUAUUAAUUCCAUUAUGUACACCUUUGCUUUUCCUGCUGUGACAUGUCAAAGUGUCCUCUGUGAAAUUUGCCUAUUGUGCUAAAGUGUGUGUAAAUAUGUUCCACUAUUUAUAACUGUCAAUAAAACCAACAAAGUUUUGAAAAUUUUUAUUUUUAUUAAGCAGUUUGUGGAAGUAUGUAAAGAUGUCUGCUUAUAU